UUCCAAAGUUAUAAAGAUCCACUUAAAGCCUAAAACAUAUACUUUGUAUACAUCACAAACAACAAUAUUAUUUUUUGAAUUUGAAUCUUUUUAUAUUUAGGGUUAGAUUAUAAACAGUUCUCGUACACUUCAAGAUAUGGCAAUUGGGAUAAUGGAAGUACAUCUUGUGAAAGCUAAAGGACUCAACAGCACUUGUUUCUUUGGUGGAAUGGAAGAUCCAUAUGUUUUGAUACAAUACCAAGGUCAAGAGCAUAGGAGCCGUGUGGCUAAAGGUAGAGGAAGAAAUCAUGUAUGGGAUGAGAUAUUUAUGUUCAAAGUAGAAAACAAUAUUGGAUCAAAUGAUAAAAACAAAGUCAUUCUCAAAAUAAUGGACAAAGAUAGCUUUUCUGCUGAUGAUUUCAUUGGACAAGCCACAAUAUAUUGUAAAGAUUUAUUGGCUCAAGGUGUCCAAAAUGGAGUUGCUAAGCUACCACCUCUCAAGUAUAGAGUUGUUCGUGCAGACCAAUCUUAUCGUGGAGAAAUUGAUGUUUCUAUUACUUUUACUCCAAAGGUGGAAGAGGAAUUAAUUGAAGAAGACAUAGGAGGAUGGAAAGAAAGUAGUUACUAUAUAUCUUAAUUAGACUAUGCAUGACCUAUUUGUAAACUAUAAGUAGUUUUGAAUUUCAUUAUGUAACAUUUGAUUCAUUAGUUUGUAUUCUUUUAUUCUUUCUAGCAAGUAUUAAAGGCAUAAAUGUAUGUUGUUACAUGGAACCUCUAUGAUGCUUGUUGUUUUUUGUAAUAUUCAAUUCAAUCAAAUUCAAUUCUUCUAAUCAAAUUUUUAACCAA